AUGGCGGUAUCAGACCCCGCGUCGCAGCCUUCAACUGCACCAAAACUACCCCUCGAUGUCCUCUACAACAUCGGCCUUAUCCUGGCCGAGACGCCUCUUGAGGAGGCAAAGGCAUUCGUGGACAGCGACUACCAACCAUAUUUGAUGCCAGGGCAAACAUGGGACGGCGUUGGGACCAAUCCGUUGCACAAAUUCACUUAUCUCUCCAAAACAACCAAAGCCCUUCUGGAGCCUCUGCUUUAUCGACAUCUCAUACUCUACAGGGCCCAAGAUGUCACAAACUUCUUCAUCACUCUCGUCAAGAGACCGGAGAUCCGUCAGCAUGUUCAGGAUAUAUCUGCUUUCCCUGAUAUGACGGGCCCUAUGGCCCGGAAGCUGUAUUUGCCCGCUUGUAAGAAGAUCUGGGCCGCGCGAUGUCUAUCUGACAAGCCAGCCUUGAUGCGUCUUCUCGACAGGGCUGGUCUUCAAAAGCUUGCUUGGUCGGCCUGUAUGUUGGAAAGGACAAAACAGCGAUUCAUGUUUUCUCCUGAUUUCAAGCACGACGGUAUUCUAGAGCUCAUGUUUGCUGGCAUUCUCUUCUUGACGCCAAAUGUCACGGAAUUUCGCUGGCGGGAUCAGAAUACCAACCCAAAGGCCUUCAUACUGGAUCGUAUUAUGAGCGAAACCGUCGAUGCAGGCGUUCCUCUCAUGCCAAAGUUGAAGGUCCUGAACACUGAAAAGGCGGCGUUCGAAUUCAGCAAACAAGCUCAGUUCUUCACCCCUCACAUCGGUCUGUGGGACAAUCUACAUACACUACAUCUUAACGACAUAGACCUGGAUGUGGAGUUCAUAGAGAUGCUUGCCGCGGGUGAGUUCAAAGAAAACCUCCCGGUCAAAGAGCUAUAUAUCUCCUGUGUAUCAGGCUCGGAGGUCCCAUUUAGCCUGCGUUCAUUCCCGCCGGAUUUCGAGUUUUCGUCAACUCUGCUCCUGAAUGACGAAGAACCUGAUCUAGACAAGGCGAAAUUUCAGGCCUUCCCCAACCUGACCUUGCUAGACGUUUGUUUUGUCCAUCACGUUCAACGCCUCCGUACUGGGUCGCCCACCUUGAGGUCAUUCCUCCAUGCCGUUGGCUGUCCAGAGCGUAUAUAUCUUACAGGCCAUACCCUCCCGAUAAAUGCGUUUCGUACGGGCGUUAUACACUCGAAGCUCAAGUAUCUCAAGGUUCGCGAGUUCCAGCCAGAUUCUCCAGCGAGGACGGCCGAACGGGAUGUCCUUGUUGCGGGUGUAAAUACAUUCUGGCAAGAACAAUGCCAAUUCAUACCGAACCUGUGCGAGAUCGACUGGGAUCAUUACAAGUUCAAGAGAGAGGAUCUAGAGGGUGAGGAAAGGGCUGUUUGGGGGGUUGUUGGGGAGGACGAGUGGGAAGAUGAGUCCGGGGAUGGCUCAGAUGAUGAUGAUUUUAUUAUUGAAGAGGACGAAGACGACCUUUACUUUAUGGAGACCGAGCAGGGCCCGUGGGAUCAUGACCCGCAGGGUAUUAUGAGUCAUUACUUCGACGACUAA